CAGCAACGAGUGAGGGUCACGGCAGCUCCUCGUAAACUCUGCCAAUGUGAUGGUGAAAAGUGACUAAAUAGCUCCAGUGUGCUGACCUUAAUGGUGCUGUGACUAUGUGUUAAGGAAGACUGUGUGAAACUUCAAUUAACGAGGCAAGAUGGUGGAUCAGCAGCAAUUCUGUCUGCGGUGGAACAACCACGGGUCAACCCUGGUGGCCGUGUUUGAGAACCUUCUGGCCAGCGAGUCCUUAGUGGACGUCACCCUUUUUGCGGAGGGAAAGCUCUUCAAAGCCCACAAAGUAGUCUUAUCCGCGUGCUCGCCAUACUUCCAGACGCUGUUUGCUCAAACUAUAGAUAAGCACCCAAUUGUGAUAUUGAAGGAUGUCAAACAUGUCGAGCUCAAGGCCUUAUUGGACUACAUGUACCGCGGAGAAGUCAACGUGUCACAGGACCAGCUUGGACCGUUGAUAAAGACUGCCGAGUCCCUGAAGAUCAAGGGCCUCGCAGACGGUAGCAAUAAGGCUGAGGGAGGAGACACCAGGUCCUCGCACCCUGCCGGCCAUGAUGUCCCCAAGACCGAAAAUUCCCUCGAUAGCAAGUCUGGCCGCUCAAGCCUGGAUGCCUUCCCCACGCCUCCAGUCUCUGUCCCCUCAGUGUUGUCUACGGUGCUGACCAUGCCUCCAGCACUCAGUUUGGCUUCCUCAACUCUGGUUCCUCCUAUAAAAUUACCCAACUUAGCGACGACAACGGUAACGGAUCCCACCCCCCGAGAAGACGGCGAUUCGCCUCAUACAAAGCGAAGAAAGAGAAUGCGGCGGAAGUCGGGAGAAGGCGGAGACAGCGGAGACAGCGAUGGCAGGUCCUCAGGCUCACCAGGAGAUGGCAUCCAUCUACCACGUAUUCCUGCAACUAUAACGCCCAUUGCAGCUCUACAUCCUAACCGUGACCAGCACCAGCAGCACAAAGAACGUGAGAGAGAUCUCGAAAGGGAAAGGGAAUGGGAACGCGAGCGGGAACGGGAGCGCGAACGUGAACAGGAAAGAGAACGAGAGCGAGAGAGGGAACGAGAAAGGGAACGAGAACGAGAGAGGGACUCACGAGAACCACUCAGAGUAAACAGUCCUUCGCCCGAAAACCUGGUCGGUUCGUCGAGAGGAGACAGCCAUGUGGAUAUCCCUCGGUCGUCCCCUGCCAGUCGUCCGGACUCCGAUCCCCGUUCGAGUAGCCCGAGUAAAGCCCUGUCACUCCUUGUACGACCAGACGAAAACAGCAGCGAUGCAAACCACCAGUCGGACGAUGAAUACGAAGAGAGGAACCAUGACCGUCCAAGCCAUGACCAGAUGCCUGACACGCCUGGGCCUUCCACCUCACGCCUCUUGACCGACGACGCUCCACACACACCAAGUUACAUGUGGCCGUACCCACCCGACACGUCAGCCAGCGAUGAGACCUCUUUCCCCUCGCUAGAAAAUAAUCAAGAUUACUUGCGUGCUUAUAACCUUGUGAGAGCUGGUUUCCCUGGCCUGUUGCCCUCCCGGAUGUCUACAGACAUCCUGGCCCGUCCCCCUCCUAUUGGCCUUCCUCUACUCCUCAAAGGCCGAGAGAAAUCCAGCCCCAAAUCCAUGCUGGGUUACCCCUUCUCAGAAACUCCUAAACAGUUUGCGUGCGAGAAGUGUGGCCGCACUUAUGCAUCAACAGGUAACUUAAAACGGCACAAGAAAUACGAGUGUGGUGUUGAACCUCAGUUUUCCUGUCCAAUCUGCAAGAAAAAGUUCCAACAUCGUCACAGUGUAAAGAUCCAUGUUUUCUCCACACAUCGUAACGAGGCAGGAGAAGGUGGCCCGAAUGAUGCCCCUAAAGACUCUCCUGCUUUGUUCCCUACUUCUGAAGGAAUGGCUGCCGUUGGCUCUGGUCCAUGUAAAGAUGAGUUUUUCCCAAUCCCGCAGGAAGCCAAUGCCCCAACAACACAAAAUCAAGAUGGGUAGAUUUUGACUGAUUGAGGCUAUGACAGAGUAGGAAAAUAAUUACAAAAGUAUUAUUUACCAGGACAGAUGUAUCCUUGAAUGUGCCUGAACACCCUUUAAUGCUCAGGGGUUAGAGAAAUGUAUCCAAAAGUUUUAUGUAAAUGAAUUUAACCUUCUGAGCAUUAUAAGGAUUCAGAUGUGAGAAUGAGGUGGGAGCCAGAACAUCUGGGGAAAGAAAAUGAAGCUUUCAGUGAAAUGUAUCCAAUAAACUAGAUUAUUUUUCUUGAUUUGGAGUGGUAAAUAGUAAGUUGUUAGUUAAUGAUUCUAAGCCGAAGAGUUCACACAGACUGGGGGAAUAUAUAUGUAUCCAGUAUGAUUUACUCAAGAAACCUCAUGCCUGUCUGUGAUGUAAUGUUGAAACAUGUGUUAUCUAUUGUUGAUUUCCUCAUAACAAUAUUGAUGGACAGCCAUUGUGAAAAUAUAAUGGAAAUGUGUGCCAGUUACCCCCUUUGUAUUUUGGUCUGUGUGUACUGUAUGCAUGCAUUGCCAAAGUGAAGUAUUGAAUAGGAAAACCAAUAAUAAGCUGUUUCAUUAUUAAAUAUUCAUUGAUUAGAGAAGCAUCAUCUCUUUAAGAAGAGUUGAUGCUCCCAUAUCCACAUUUCCAUACUUGCUUCACUCUUGGCAGUGCAUUUUGAUAAAUGUAUUAUAUGUGUAUGAUCAUCAGUUGUUGUCUGGUUGAGAGUGCUGUGGGAAGAGGUGACGUAUAGCACCGAAGGCUCUAUAGCCAAAGGGAUGUUUGAGGCAUUAUUUAUCAUAAGUUGUUUCCACUUCCAUGUCGAUAUUUGCAAAGUAAUCAAGACCAACAAAUCAUUAUGCAAACACCCCACUGGUUAUGCUACUGGAAAAUGAAUACUACCCUUAUUUUUAAGCAGUAUGAACAUUUAAACAAAAAUAUUCAGAAUAUGACGGGCAGUACAGGACAGGAUUUUGAAAUUGUUUGACUAACCAAGAAAUAGAUGAAUUAAAGCAACGCAAGUGUUGCUAUGUCCAUUGCGCCAGUGGAUGACUCAGGGAUGAACUUUCAGCAUUAGAUGUGGACAUUGGUCCUGAUCUCUAAUAAUUUAUUUUAAGCUGGUAUGACAGAUAAUCUUUUGUGACCAAACUCAGGUAUAUAAGUACAAAUAAAGCAAUUGUCAGCUCAUUCCAUUAAGUAAAUUAUUAUAGCUGCUGAAGACUUUAUAGGCAUUUCAUUGUAGCACAUAACAUGAAUCCUUUCAUUGGAUUGAUAUUUUUCUGAUGCUAUGAUUUAAAAACUAGACAGAUUAUAAUUAUAAUAUUAUUACUUCAUAUUGGAGGUGCUGCUUUGAUAGAUAGUUUUGUAUUCUUAGGGAUAAUGUAACAAUACAACUAACACGUUUUGAAAGACAGUGUAGUAGAUUCUCGGCAACUUAGUUCCUGCCACUCCUUAACCUGAUGGCUGCAGGUGUGCCUGGGCCACUUCUCAACCUGCUGAUCCUAGUCAGAUUGUGAAUCCUAGGGUGCCACUGCUUUUUAGAAAUAUUCUAUAUUUAUUAGUGGAGGAGUGGUGGCAUCCAACUCUCUAUAGUAAUGUUUGUAUCAUAACAUGAUUUAAGUAUUUUCUUUAGGACUUCUGUCAGGUAGUUAGACAAUCAAGAGUUUGUUUGGUGGC